AUGUCCGGAGGCUGGGGCUCGGCGGCCCUGCCCCCAGCGCCGGGGUCCCGGAAGCCCGCCCCGCGGAGCCUCAGCUGCCUCUCAGACCUGGACGGCGGCGCCGCCCGGGAGCCGCGGCCCUGCAGGCCCCCCGAGAGCCCGGGCCGCGCGCCACCUCCACCGCGGGAGCCGUCAGGCUGCGACCCCGGCCUUCGGCCCAUCAUCCUGCGGCGCGCGCGCUCGCUGCCCAGCUCGCCCGAGCGCCGCCAGAAGGGCGGGGGCGCGCCCGGAGCCGCUUGCCGGCCAGGCUGCAGCCGGCAGCUCCGCGUGCGCUUCGCGGACGCGCUGGGCCUGGAGCUGGCGCAGGUCAAGGUGUUCAACGCGGGCGACGACCCGUCGGUGCCGCUGCACGUGCUGUCGCGCCUUGCCAUCAACUCGGAUCUGUGCUGCAGCAGCCAGGACCUGGAGUUCACCCUGCGGUGCCUGGUGCCCGACUUCCUGCCGCCCAUCGAGGCCACCGACUUCGGCGAGCGCCUGGGGCGGCAGCUCGUCUGUUUGGAGCGCGUCACCUGCUCGGACCUGGGCAUCAGCGGCACCGUGCGCGUGAGCAACGUGGCCUUCGAGAAGCAGGUGGCGGUGCGCUACACCUUCUCAGACUGGCGGAGCGCGCAUGAGGCGGUGGCCCGGUGGCGCGGGCCCGCGGGCUCCGAGGGCACGGAGGACGUCUUCGCCUUCGGCUUCCCGGUGCCGCCCUUCCUGCUGGCGCUGGGCUCGCGCGUGCACUUUGCGCUGCGCUACCGAGUGGCGGGCGCCGAGUACUGGGACAACAACCAUGGCCGAGACUACAGCCUCACGUGCCGCAACCACGCGCUGCACAUGCCUCGCGGGGAGUGCGAAGAGAGCUGGAUCCACUUCAUCUGAAGGCGGCCGCAGUGGUCCCCUAGCUGGGCUCUCCGGUCCAUGCGGUUACUGUUUCGCACACCCCACCCCCAGCCUGAGUCUUCUGACUUCACUUCCCGCUUCAAGUCCCUGGGCGGUGACCCUUCCCAUUCUCUACUCGAAAUGUCUGUGUCACCGGCUCUACAAAGUAGCCUCAGGUGGCCGGGAGGCCAAGUUGUAUAAUGCGCUGGGGGAGGGUGCGGGGUGGGUGGAUGCACAGCCGCGUCCGCCCCUCUGGAGAGGGCCCAGGCAGGCUGGGUUGGUUGGUUCGUUGGUUGGUUGGUUGGUUGGUUGAUUUUUUGGAAAGGCCUGCAUCCUCCUACUAGGAAAGCCUGUGGCUUUUGCAUGUGUCCUGAUUGGGUCUCUGUAAACAUAGCUGUUAUUUAUCAUUGUGAUGUUGGAACAUUUUACCCUUAUUGGAUGCCUUCUCAGGAACAUUCUGGAUUUAACAAGCUAAAAAAUAAGUCCUGUGUGUUUUGUGCCCAUUGUAAACAGAAUGUACGGUGUGACUCCCAUCAUGGUCCCUUAAGGCAUUUCUGCCCUGGGACAAGGAAAACCUGAGACUAGGUUUGCUUGCCAAUGUCUGUAGACUUCUAACAGUGGGAAACUAUUAAUAGGCAAGAAAUUUAUGCCUCAUCAGUCAUCACACAGCCGUUCCUGGGAGUUCAGGCUGCCCUGGUUAGGCCGUGUGUCUUCUACAUCAACAGCCAAGGAAGGGGGAAAAGCCUGACUUUGAAAACUAGCAAAAAAGUCCCUUCUCUUGCAGUCUCUCCUCUCACUUCCUGUGUUCCCCUUCUUGUCUUUGAUAAUUAUGGAUCUGCAUGUUAUCAGGCCAUUCUGUUUAGGUUUGAGACUACCUAAACAUUUUAAGAAAUUCUGCCUUAAGUUAUUUCCAUUUUCAGGCAACUCUCUAGAAAAAUUUCAGGCAACAGUGCCCUUUGCAAUAUCUUUUUGAUGACUAAGGUGACUCUUUUUAUGUCUGCUUAAGUGUCAGAAAAUUCCAGCGGCCAUCUUUCAGAAGUCAGGUUAUCGAGUGGAACUGGCAGGGGUUUUCAUCAAUAGCUGGAGCCCUGGAGGAAAAAUCACCAAUACUUACACUUUUUAAUCAUUUUAAAUUGUAUUUAUAUAUUCCCAGUUUUAUCAGCUACCUGCGAACUUUAUUCUUUGUGC